CUCGUAGUGCGGCAGGGCAUCUGUGCUGCUCCAGAUUCACUUGACUUCAUAAACUGUGUUGCAGUCGUGACGACCCGAAAACAGUGAGAGAAGGAAAAGUGGGGUUUAAAAGCUUGGCCCCCCCAAGAACUGUCUGCAGAAAAUGCUCGCAGGGCGGCGUCAAAGCUCUCGAAGCGUGUUACGACCACCAUCCCUCCUCGCAAGGGUAGGGAAAAGGAUGAAUAUUGAUGGCCACAAAUAUUCAUCCUUUUCCCCACUGCUGGAUUAGCAGUCUCUUCUGAGACCGCAGGGACCACCUGGGCUACCAGGACCGCAGGGGCCACUGGGACUGCAGGCGAGUCUGGGCCAGCCAGUGGUGAUCAUCCCAUGGUGAUUGAUACUGGAUACAGGACACUAAUUGUUCUUGCUGGGAUCGCCUUUGUCGCGACUGGUGCCAUCAAAGACAGAUACUUACCUGCCAUCUCAGAUAGGCUUGUAUGGGCGGGAACGGUAGUUGCAUUCAGUAGCGUCGUCGUUGCCGAACUUGGAUUGGUGCCACUCCCUAGAACAGGCAAUAUCAGUCAAGACAUUAUUAUUUUCAUAUCCAGUCUCAGCGGCCAGGUUGGAUAUGUACACAAAGCCACUGCCCUUACUUCGUUUGACCUACCUCAUUGUUACAGCGGCGUACUCUUCGUUGCCGGACUCGCCAGCUUCGCAUGGCUAGCUAGCCGCAUAUCCAUUUUCGUUUUACUUGUGUUUCCAUUCUGGCAUUUUUCGUCCUCAUACCCAUUCUCGUGUUUCAUGGUUGGGAGUCCUGGCACUGCCUUCAGCAAUUUGGAAUAGACUUAGUACUACUUACAUGGCAA